GCAAACCCAAGCAUGUUCGUUACUUGAGCAAAAUGAAGAUCAAGAUUCGAAUGUUGAACACACGAGAAGAUCCUAAGAAAGCCGGGCGGAUCUACCCUCCAAUAGUUGUUAUCGAAUACGGCGAUAUCUCUCGAGAUGCUUUGGAAGAAAGCCAGGAGGGCUUAGAUUUCAGUUUCGAGGUCAAUUACGAAAUGGACAUGAAAGAGUCAAAGAAAGACAUCGAGAUUUCCGCCGGCGUCAUGAGUGUGUUCGCAGUUCUAUGGUCUGGGGUUCAAACCUGGUCGUGGUCAAGACGCUCCGGAAAAGUGACCAUUGAUCCACUAACCGUUGUGAAGCUUGUCCUUUUCACUUGCGGAAAUCUGGCCCAUAUAUUUCUCAUAAUAGUGUUCUUCUCCAGUCUGGUUUGGGCGGCAUUCUUCAAAUUUCAGGAUCACCUCCAUGUGAUGCUACCAAGUUCUGAUCAGGAAAUGCUCAUAAAGUACUACAUUAUUGCCAUCUUUUGUUUAAAGACUGUCGAUGUCAUUCAUUUGAUCGUCUCUCAAAUCACAGUAGAUAUAUUCCUAUUGGAUUGGGAACGACCUAAGGCCGUGUCUUCAUCUGGAACUCAUGGCGAACUCACCAAAGAAGAAGCUGUCUCCGUGUGGAGAACAUACCUUGUGGCGAAUGAAUGGAAUGAGCUCCAAGUUCGUCGAAAAACGAACGUAGGGCUGCAAAUCAUCAUCCUCAUACUUCUCUUUCAAGUAAUAGGCUUAGAACAUUACGCAACAGCGGAUCCGAAAAUGUCCCUGUCGUUCAAAGACGGCGAAUACCACAGCCAAUACAGCUUUGUAUGCCGUUUUGCCCUAGCAGUGGUCAUUUACAUGGGAGUAGCUCUUAUCCAAGCCCUUUUUUGGACCUUGAUUUACGCUGGAGUCGUGGAAAACAAAAUGGAACAAUUUGCGGAUGUAUGCUCGCUCUCAAAUAUUUCCGUGUUCAUCUUGGCUGCGAAUAACUUCGGCUAUUACAUCCACGGAAAGUCAGCCCAUGGAUCUGCGGAUACCGACAUGGCGACUCUGAUCGAGCAGCUCCAACGGGAGGCCGAUGACCGAUGUCCUCAUCGUGGACUGCAGGCUCAAACGGAUGAUCAAAGCUUCACCAUGACUUUGCCAACAAAGUUGAAGUCGUACUACGACAAAAUAGUCACCCCUGCUACUGAUUUGGCUGGCAUCAAGGGCGGGCCUAGAAUCUCCAAACUCUCUGGGAACGCAAUUCAACAUAUGGUGGAAGCUUAUUCAACAAUGAACAAGUUCCUCACUCGAUUCCUCGAGCACGCACUCAAAGAUUUAGAUUACGAGAUCAAAGACAAGUUUGUUUUGGAGAAAAUUCUUGAUGUCGAGUUUCAAGACGUGAACAUCACGGAAAAGGCCAUUUUCUAUGCAGAUAGUGGCCAUUCAUUCGACGCAGUGCUGUUCUAUGGAAAUGAAUUUUCCCUUUUGACGUUUGAUAUGAUGGUAUUCAUCUUUGUCGAUCUUUUCGCGGAAGACUUCGUUCUAGCUGGAGUUGUAACCUUCUUCGCAGCCGAGUGUCUGAACUUCGUACGCUAUCACUUGGGAAAACAGAAUCUGGCCAGGAAGACUUUGAUUGACAAAAGAUUCUUAAUAUAAGACCAAUGCGAUUGCUACUCUAAGUAUUGAUAACCAUUUGUAAAUAAUUGUGUGCCAAAAGACUACCAAAAUAAAUCGAGUUCUUACCUUCA